UUUCUUUUCAAUGCAGAGGUCGGGUGACGCCCCUCCCCUCCACAGCAUCAGCACCUCCAACCCGAACAAGGCGCUCCGCUGCCGGGAGGAAGAUGCUCUCCGCUGCGGCCCUGAUGAGGAGGCUGCUGCCUGCUUUCCUGCUCCUUUAUUCCGCCUCUCUGCCUCCAUUCAUCAUGCACCAUUCAUGGCUGGAUGGAAACCAUUAACCCCCCCUCCACCCGGCUCGCCUCUCCUCUCCUCUCCUCUCCUCAUAUAGGUCAGAGUGAUGAAGAACCCGCUUUGGUGUUUCCAGGGCGCCGCGUGAAAAUUCAGGGAAUAUCCGCGCGGAACAAAAGGUGCCCCCCAGCCCUCCCUCCCUCCUCUGACGCACCUGGCCGCCCUGUCGCCACCUGACAUGACAGCGCGGAGCCGCGAGCAGCUCAGCAGGAUCAAGGGGCACCGACGUGCAGCCGGACGCAAGCAGGAGCGGAAGCAGCAGCAGGAGGAGCAGCCCAGGGGAGGCCGGAUUGCAGUUUCUGGGGACGAGCGCCAAGGGCAGUGCGGCAGUCAGCAGACAGACCGGGGGGGAGGAGGCUGCGGAGCAGAGAUCUUCCCAGAAACAUCUCUCCAAACCCUCUGAUCAUAUGAUGAUGGAUGUUAUCCUGUUUGAUCUAUGGUGACUGUGGCUCUCCCCAAUCAUCCUCUCUGCUCUUCCUUCCCAACCAAUCACUGAUGAUGUGCAAUUAAGAGCUCAGAGCUGCUCGGGUGGAGCCCUGGGGGCGGCGGGGGGGACUGAUGAGCGUACUGGCCGGGCAUCACUUGGUCCCUUCUCUGCUUCUGCUCCUUGCUUGCACCAUGGGCUGCCUUCAGAGCAUCGCCUGCAAGCCCCGCAUCAGACGGGAGAACAUCGUGGUGUACGAGGUGUCCGCCUCCAUCGACCAGUGUCCCACCAUCAUAGAGGAGAACUCGCCCAUUGUGCUCCGGUACAAGACGCCCUACUUCAGGGCCUCGGCGGGCGUCGUGAUGCCCCCGGUGCCCCGCAACGAGACCUGGGUGGUGGGCUGGAUCCAGGCCUGCACCCAGAUGGAGUUCUACAACACCUAUGGCGAUAUUGGCAUGUCCAGCUGGGAGCUGCCGGAGCUGCGAGAGGGUCGGGUGAAGGCCAUCAGUGACUCGGACGGCGUCAGCUACCCUUGGUACGGCAACACAACGGAAACGGUGACCCUGACCGGGCCCACGUCCAAACCGUCUCGACUGACGGUCAGCAUGAACGACAACUUCUACCCCAGCGUGACCUGGGCGGUCCCCAUCAGCAACAGCAACACCCCUAUGCUGACCCACAUCACCCGGGACCAGAGCUUCAUCACCUGGUUGGUGGCCAUGAACUCCGUCACCAAGGAGCGCAUCGUGCUGCAGACGGUGCGGUGGAGGAUGAGGGUCGACAUCGAAGUGGACCCGGACAUGCCGCUGGGCUCCAGGGCCUCGCUCGUCGGUCAACCCUACCAGGAGCAGCCGCACAUCCUCAACUACCAGGAGCCCAUUCCUCCAAACGCGCUGGGAAGACCGAACGCCAACGAUGCCCAAGUGCUGAUGUGGAGGCCGAGGAGAGGGGCGCCGCUGGUGGUCAUACCUCCAAAAUAGCAGGGGAGGAAUAACUGAACACAUGAAAGGAUCGGUGCUUCCUUUUCAGCAGAGAGCCGGCGAGGAUCAGGCGGUCGCAGCGCCUGCAGCUUUCCUUGGAGCUCCUGAUGUCUACAGGGUCGAAGUAGACUGUUCCAAAAAAAGGCCAAAGUGGAUGUUACACCUGGAAUCGGACACAGCAGUCAGGAACCCCCCCACCCACAGGUCACCAUAAAGGACCCUGAGCAACAUGGAGGCUUCUCCCGCCCGUCCUGAACUGCAUAUUUAGCUCUGCCUGCAUUUUAGCAAAGUACAAAACCCAAUUUUUUUAGAUGUGCCACUGAGGUAUUAGCCAACAGCAAGAACUGCAACCAGCAUCCUUACAUAGACCUUAUUGCAUGACAGUGAGGAGACAAAAAACAAAAAAGGGAAAAAAAACUGUUUUUAAAGAAGUUUAAGAACAAUGUUUGUUUUAUAUCACUUAAAAUGCAGAAGAUGUUUUAAAUUUAAGAGUGAUCGGUGCCAACAAAGGCCUUCAGCACAGCCAGUGAAGGAUGUAUUCAGAUUUAGUUCAAGGAAUCUAGGUAUUCUAUGUCUAUAGGUUUAAGAAGGAACCCGUGCAUCCAUCCGAUUGUACUGACAGGUUAUCCCAGGACACCAAACUCACGGCAUAUUCUUGCCUCUUUUGUGCAGCUGAUGUACUGUAUUAUUAUGAGUUUCAGAGCAAACAUGAGCUGGAUCUCUUCAAUAAAAACAUGCCAGACGGGCUUACGUUAA